AUGAGUAGUGUUGUCAAAAAAGCCACGAGGUUUGCUCCAAAAAAGGCGCUUCCCAUAAGGAACAAAUCAGUCACCCCGUUAACCCCUCCUGCUACUCAGAAGGAGAGUGCUGCAAACGUUGAGGAAAAGGAUAAAGAUAAAGACGAUGAUGAAGAUGAUACGUUUGAAGAUGCAUUGUCCGCACCAAGUGUAGAUUUCAAGUUUUCCAUAACGAAAUCACAGAUAAGUCAAGAGCCAGCUGAGGACGUAGAUCCUAUGGACACUAGCAAGAAAGUGAGUAUGAGCAAGCAGGUGGAGGCUAAACAGGAGCGGAACGAAGGUGAUUCCGAGUCUGACGACGACUCGGAUAUUGAUAACGACAUUUUCAAAAAGCCAGAAGAUAGUCUAUCGCUGGCAACCAAGAAGUAUCGUAGGCAAUCAUCGAUUCAUAUGCAGAGGAGACUUUCUGGGAUCACACCUAGCGUAAUAAGGAACAGGAGUGGAUCUAUUUCGAUAACGCCCACACCCAAGGGCUCAGUGCCCCCAGAGGGACCAGACGAUGUACUGCCGGUCAUGGGAGGAGCUGAUGAGGUUCUAGUCGAGUACGAGGAAGAGCAGCCUGUGGUGAUUGGAAUUCCCACCACGAGGCCCAGCAGAAAGAGAAAGCCUUCCGUGCUGAUCCGAAGGAAUUCUGUCCGUAGAAACAAGCUGUUUUUGACGCCGAAUGCUUCUAUGGUGAUCUCGAAAGAGGUUUCACCUCCUAUUGCAGAGACUGGCGGGAGAAAGAGAAAGUAUAGUAUUGGAGUUGAUCCCUCGACCCAAAAGUUGACCAAGUAUAGAAUAGAACACUUGAAGGAUAUAGGCGACAAGGCGGAUAAUAAUGCGAUAGAGAGUGAGGAAGAUGAAGAGGAUGUGGAAGAAACUAAAGUAGCAAAGCUGAAGAAGUUCAAGACAGGUGAAUCCUCCAAGGAUGCUGCUGUGGAAGAUUCUGAUGCAGAAGCUGCAGCAGGGGCAGCUGCCACUUUGGCUAGUCUUGCCGGUUCUCUUGUCCAUGCGCCCGCCCUGCAAGAGGAAACUCGGUCAGCAGGAGCUAAAGUUACAUCAUCCUCAGCAUCGUCAUCUACUUCUAGUGAUACCGCAGAAGAGCUUUCGUCAGACAAAAAAGAAGCGAAGAAGUCUAAGAAGUCCGAGAUCAAAAAGCUUGAAAGAAUACCCGAUGGGAAACUUAUUUCUUCUGUCAAAUUCAUGUCUCAGGUGCCCAGAUCAUUUAAGCACGAAGAUCCAUUAGAGAUGGAUGAGAUAACAAUUGAACCUGAAAGUAUGACUAUGUCUGAUUUGUGCUUGCCUACCUUUGCCAUUGGAAAGCCUAGUACAAGGUAUCAGCAGGUUAUUGAGGCAAAGAAAAACCAAGCCAAAGAGAAGCAAAAGAGGAAAGAAAUCAGGGAUGCUGCCAGGAAGGAGAGGAAAUCCAUAGAAGAGAUCACCGGAGAAGACUUCAAGAAAAGGCAGAAGGAAAAGAAAAGGGAUAUCAUUGGGGAGCUUCCUGAUGAGCAGCUGCAGAAUGCUCAAAAUGCUUUAUUACUUAAGUUGGGUGAGGACAAUAAACUUAUCGUUGAUCAGGACUCCACUAGUGUGAGUCGUGGUGCUCCAAAUGUCAAUGCUGAUAAAGAUAGAGAGGUUGCUAAUCCAUUUGACAACCCCAUCACAUCAUCGACCUAUUCGAAAAGAAAAUAUACAGAUAGAUGGGAUAGCGAAGAGAUAAUCAAAUUUUACCAGGCUUUAUCGACAUGGGGAACGGAUUUUACAUUUAUUGCGCAGUUAUUUCCCUAUAGGACUAGAAAGCAAAUUAAACUGAAGUUCAAUUUAGAAGAAAAGAAGCACCCCGAGAUUAUCGAUCUAGCGCUUCGCACCAAACUCCCAGCUGACUUUGAAAGCUACUGCAAGGAGUCUAAGAAGGAGAUUUUAUCGUUGGAUGAGUACAAUGACCAAUUGAAGGACAUUAGAGUUAAGCAUGAGGAAGACAUGGCACAAAUCGUUGCCCAAAGAGAACAGGCCAUCAAGGAAGAUGCAGAAGAGAGUAGAAAGAGAGAAUUUGCAAUCAGAACGGGUGGUCAAGUCAAGAUGACCAAACAAGAAAGAGAAAGAGAGUUGAGAAAAAAUGAGGUCAUUGUUGGAGAUAUAGCAGAUGUGAAGAAGAAGUACGAUGAACCGUAG